UAAAUAGAAGGCGCGCUUUGGAAAGAGAUAAAUAGACGAAAGAGAGUAAACACGCAUCUGAAAGUCAAGCAAUCCAAAAUCCUACUUUCGUUGGACAUCUUCUCUUUCUCCUGCUAAAGCUUUACAAAACCUGCUGUCAUUUCGCAUUCUUCCAUCAUCAUCACCGUUCAUUCAUUCCUGAGAAAUGGAUUCUGGAGAGAAGCGCCUCAACGAGCUUGGUUACAAGCAAGAACUCAGAAGAGAGAUGACUCUGUUCAAGACACUUGCGAUUUCGGUGUCGACCGUCACCCUUUUCACAGGGAUUACCCCUCUCUACGGAUCGAGCCUGCGGUACGCUGGGCCGGCCAGUCUAGUUUGGGGAUGGGUGGUGGUCUCCUUCUUCACCUGGUUUGUUGGGAUUGCUAUGGCUGAGAUCUGCUCAUCUUUUCCGACGACAGGUUCUCUUUAUUUCUGGGCCGCCCAUUUAGCCGGCCCCAAGUGGGGUCCAUUUGCAUCGUGGUGCUGCGCUUGGUUGGAGACAAUUGGCCUCAUUGCCGGAAUUGGUACACAGGCUUACGCAGGAUCUCAGACGUUGCAGACCAUCAUUUUACUAUGUACUGGUACAAACAAAGAUGGGGGUUAUUUCGCCCCGCGAGGGGUGUUCUUUUGCAUGUACAUGGGCCUUACGAUUAUAUGGGCCAUACUGAAUACAUUCGCACUAGAAGUCAUUGCCUUCCUCGACAUAAUUUCAAUAUGGUGGCAGGUUGUUGGGGGUUUGGUUAUAGUUAUAAUGCUUCCGCUGGUCGCAUUGAAAACACAAUCUGCCUCCUAUGUGUUCACUCAUUUCGAGACAUCGCCGGAGUCGACAGGGAUAAGCAGCAAAGCAUACGCGGUUGUUCUAUCUGUUCUUGUUAGUCAGUACUCUCUGUAUGGAUAUGAUGCUGCAGCACAUCUAACAGAGGAGACGAAAGGCGCAGACAAGAACGGCCCGAUUGCAAUUCUAUCAAGUAUAGGAAUCAUUUCAAUAUUUGGAUGGGCUUAUAUUUUAGCACUUACUUUCAGCAUUCAGGAUCCGAGUUACUUGUAUGAUGUGAACAAUGAGACUGCUGGAGCAUUUGUACCAGGACAGAUUCUGUAUGAUGCAUUCCACGGGAGGUAUCAAAAUUCAACCGGAGCGAUAGUGUUGCUGUUUGUGAUUUGGGGUUCGUUCUUCUUUGGUGGCCUUUCAAUCACUACUAGUGCGGCCAGAGUGGUAUAUGCUCUAUCCAGGGAUAAAGGAAUUCCAUUUUCAUCCAUUUGGCGACGAGUUCACCCCAAGCACAAGAUUCCUGCGAACGCAGUGUGGUUAUGUGCCGGCGUCUGUAUUCUUCUUGGACUUCCCAUCUUGAAAGUCAAUGUGGUUUUCACUGCCAUCACGUCCAUUUGUACGAUCGGAUGGGUCGGUGGAUAUGCAGUUCCAAUCUUUGCUAGGAUGGUCAUGGCUGAGAAUAAUUUCAAACCAGGACCGUUCUACUUGGGCCGAGCAAGUAGGCCAAUUUGCUUGGUAGCCUUCUUGUGGAUCUGUUAUACAUGUUCAGUCUUCCUAUUGCCAACGAUCUACCCUCUUGAUUGGAACACUUUCAACUAUGCUCCGAUCGCGCUGGCCGUGGGUUUGGCACUGAUCUUGCUGUGGUGGCUUCUUGAUGCAAGGAAAUGGUUCAAGGGACCAGUCAGGAACAUUGAUGUGCAGAAUGGAAAGGUUUGAGAGCUCUGCUAAAGCUCUAUCCAUAUACCAUUUGAAGAACCAGGUCAUUCAUCAGGUGGGGCCCAGCAUAUAAAAUUUUUAAAGGUUUAAGAGCCCUGCUAAAGCUAUUCAUACCACUUGGAGGUCUGGGACAUUCAUCAGGUGGGCCACACCAUAUACUUACAUACAUGGCCUGAACAUCAGGCUAGUAGAUCAUUUGUAAUCUUAACAUGUCUAUUCUUUUUCAUAUUACUGGACCAGCUGGCUACAUGGUGGACCCACCUGAUGAACGGCACAGAUCUUUCACAUACAUUGCCACGUGUGGCGUGAGUCACAACCAGCCUUUGCAUUUCUCAAGGUUUAACUUCCCUGCAUGGAUGUAACAACUGCUCUGAUAGAAGUGAGUACAUGUGAUGGAUGAUCUUUUAGUGGAAUUUUAUCUAUUUCCUUGUA